AAAUACAGCUCCUCCUGGUCAGUGUGAGGUCAGUGAUGGCGGAGAAGAGCAGCAGCGGUGUGAGCUCCAGGCUGGCCAUGAGGAGGAAGGAGAGAGUGGCGGAGAAAAAGACGGAGACGGAGGUGAAGAAGGAGGAACAGAAUGUAGAGAAGAGUGCAGAGGAUGGAGAGCAGGUGGAGGUGAACGGAGCAGGCGAAGCUGUGGCCAAUGGAGACGCCGAAGUGACCAAAGGAGCGGCCGGCAACGCUGGACAGGAUAAACCAGAACCAAUGGAGCUGCCACCCUUCGAAACUUUCACAGGGGACCGGAUGGACCCCUUCUCCUUUAAGUUCCAGUUUAAGAAUGUGGAGUACUCUUCUGGCCGCAAUAAGACAUUGCUGUGUUACCUGGUGGAUCAGAGCCAAGGAGUGGACGGUCUGCUGAGGGGCUUUGUGGAGGAUGAGCACGCGGGGGCUCACGCUGAGCUGGCCUUCUUCCACCUGGUUCUGCCGCAGUACGACCCAUCUGUUAACUACAAGGCCACCUGGUACGUGUCGUCCAGCCCUUGCGCCUCCUGCUGUGCCAAGCUGAUAGAGAUCCUGCAGGAGAGGAAGACGCUGCAGCUGACUAUCUUCUCCGCCCGUCUGCUGGACUUUGAGGAGCCGGACAUCAGGGCUGGGCUGAAGGCACUGGCCGGCGCGGGGUGUAAACUGCGCAUGAUGAAGCCGCUGGAUUUCUCCUACAGCUGGGACACGUUCGUAGAGCACGAGGAUCAGAAGUUCACUCCGUGGGAGGACUGCCAGGAGAACUAUGAAUUCUACCAGGAGAAGCUGGCAGACAUCCUGGAGUGAAUGAUCCAGUGGAGCUGAAGGAUCAGAUCAGAAUUGACUCCUUUCCAAACACCUUAAAGGGAGUGUGUGUGUCUGUGUGAGUGUGUGUGUCUGUGUGAAUGUGUGUGUGUGAGUAAGUGUGUGUGUCUGUGUGUG